AAAAGGAGGGUCCUAUCAAGGGGGGAGGGAUUAAAAGCAGUUGAUAGUUAAGCUACAGUUUUCCGUUGCUUUCACGCUUCCUAUUUGUGUCGGACUCCGGUCUGGGUAAACUGUCCUCGGAACAGCUUUCUUGGCCUCCAGUUUGAAAAUCUACUCAUCCCAAUCCACCCGUCUACAAUGGCAGCAAUCGGAAACCGAGGGACAGUGACUGAGGCGGCUGGUUUCAGUGCGGAGGCAGAUUCCAACAAGCUCAGAGAAUCCAUGAAGGGAGCCGGCACGAAUGAGGCAGCCAUCAUCGAGGUCCUCGCUCACCGCACUAUUGCCCAGAGGCAGCGCAUCAAAGAGGCCUACAAACAAACAGUGGGGAAGGACCUGGCCGAUGACCUGUCCUCCGAGCUGAGCGGAAACUUCAAGAGCGUGGUUUUAGGUCUGCUGAUGCUGGCCCCCGUGUAUGACGCCUACGAGCUGAGAACUGCAAUGAAGGGGGCUGGAACCGAAGAGGCCUGCCUCAUCGAUAUUCUGGCUUCAAGGUCAAACGAUGAAAUAAAAACCAUCAGCGCAUUCUACAAGAAAGAAUACGAGAAGGACCUGGAAGAUGACGUGCGCGGGGACACAUCUGGAAUGUUUCAAAGGGUUUUGGUGUCUUUACUCACGGCUGGACGGGAUGAAAGCGACACAGUGAACGAGGCCCAGGCUGUUCAAGAUGCCAAGGAAAUCUAUGAGGCUGGCGAGGCCCGAUGGGGCACAGACGAGGUGAAAUUCCUGACUGUGCUUUGUGUGAGGAACCGAAACCAUCUGCUGCGAGUGUUCGAGGAAUACCAGAAGAUUUCUGGAAGAGACAUUGAGGAGAGCAUCAAAAGGGAGAUGUCUGGCUCUCUGGAAGACAUCUUCCUGGCCAUAGUUAAAUGUGUGAGGAACAAACCAGCCUUUUUUGCAGAACGAUUAUACAAAUCAAUGAAGGGUCUGGGCACCACAGACACUGUCCUCAUCAGAAUAAUGGUUGCCAGAGCUGAGAUCGACAUGCUGGACAUUAAAGCACAGUUCCUGAAGAUGUACGGAAAGACGCUCUACUCCUUCAUCAAGGGAGACACAUCUGGUGACUACCGCAAAAUCCUGCUGGAGCUGUGUGGAGGCGAGUGAAAGAAACAUCAGAACAACAACCCGCCAAGCCUUUAAUCUUCAAGCAAUACCAUUCCUCUUCUUCUUCUAUGUCUUUUCCAUUUGAACGAUUGACUUGGUGCCUUGUUUUACCGUUUGUAAUACCAAUUAAACCAAAGACCAUGACCUUUUA